UUGGUCGGUGUGAAAAAUUAUGUGCGCCAUUGAAGACGGUGUCGACAGCGACGACAAUAGCGGUGGCGGCAAUUGGCGGACAGAGCAUAACGCAUAGCGCAUAGCAGCAUAGCAAUUGGACUUGUUACUCCAUAAACUAAAAUAAGUGCGUACAUAUUAAAAAGCCAAAAAAAAACCAUGGUGGUUUUAGAGGUGGAGGUGUUGGGAUGGAUGGCCAAUACCGCUGCCGCCUUACCAAUAUUAUUGCUGCCGCUGUUGCAUGUAGUUGUUGCUGUGGUGGUGGGUUAAUUGUUUGUUGAUGGCGGUGGUGUUGGUAGUACCUUUGCAAAGCGCAGCGAUUUCCCAUGCGCCAUGGACACUUUUGGACUCUCUGCUCUAGGCAUUGACGUUUUCAUUUCGCCGUACCUUACCCUAAUGGGGGUGGCCUUCGAUUUCUUUGGCUUGGCUUGGCGGUAGUAUAAAAUCAUGAGUAUUUGGUGAAAUUUGUAUCAUUGUUUUCGUAUCAAUUCCAUUGUCAACAUCGGUGUUGGAGAGGCCGGAUUUUUUCAGUUACAAAUUUUUUUUUUGGGAAAAAUAAAACAACUUUGGUAAAAAUGAUCCCCCAUCGUAGUGUUCAAAUUUUCACAGUGCUUCUGGCCAUUUCCGCUGUCUGGGCUGAAAAUUCGGUGGGUGAGCCCCGCAUACACUCCUCGGAGGAAUUAAUUUCGACCAUUGUGGAUAAUUGCUUUACGGUCAAUGGCAUGUAUUGUCUGAAAGAGAAAGUUCUGACUUAUUUGGAUACCGUGGCUGGCAUUGAGGAGGAUGUAAGUGGACGUGCCUUCAACGAUGAUGUCAUCGACACUGUGAUUGUGGAUCGUGUGGCCCGCAUCUUGAAUAGCAAUGAGAUUCGUGUGCAAUUGCCCGAAACCGUUUUCGCCAGUUCCGUUUUGUCUUACCGUGCUGAUCGUGGUUUCGAUUUGGAAAUUCCCCAAAAUGAAGCCCGCGAAAAGAAGAAGAACAACAAUAAACUGAUGUUGCCUUUGUUGUUGCUGUUGAAAUUGAAAAUGGGUGUCAUCAUGCCCAUCUUUAUGGCUUUGCUGAAAUUGAAGGUCAUCAAGGCUUUGAUUUUGUCCAAGAUUGCCAUCAAAUUGGUUUUGGCUUUCCUUUUCUAUAACUUGAUUCAGAAAUUGGGAGGAGCCAAAAUGAGCAUGACUCCCAUGCCAGCACCGUCUUCGUAUGAGCCCAGCAGUUGGGAAGCCCCCAAUGGAGGUCCCUAUGCCCGUUCAGAUGCCCAUUACAUGGCCUAUAACAAUUAUCAUCCCAGCAGUUAUAGCAGUUCAUCUUAAACAACGACUUCUAUUAGUAAAACAGAGAGAGAGAGAGAGAGAGUAAGAAAGAGAGCCUACUUUCUCUCUCUCUCUCCCAUUUAACCCCUAAUCUCUAAGAGGUUGAUAGAAGAAAGACACACCAAACAUUUGAACUGAUUACUCCCUUCCAUUACCCCCCAAAAAAAAACCUCGAACCCCUUUCCCCAGGAAACAAAACAUAGGUAAAAUUUGA